GCCCCUUUACAGGAGCAGGACUAGCUGAUAGGCGUCUUGGGGUACUACAGAAGGAAAGACACAGAGGAACCAACAAGUCACGCUUUAAAACCAGUUCUCUGUCAAUUUCAUAAAUUAAGGAUUCUUGCUACAGAGUUUCUUUGACUUGAAAACAUGGCCUUUUCAGUAUUAAUUAGAUCUAUGUGCGCCAUUUUCCUCUCUGCUACUGUUUUGCUAACAAGCUGUGAUGCUAAAGCCCUCGGGACUUGCAGAGUGCCAGCCGACAUCAUCUUUCUGUUGGACACGUCCAGCUCCAUUGGUUACAGAAACUUCCAUACCCACAUGAAAACAUUCGUCAAAGAUGCUAUCUCGUCCUUACCUGUUGGGCAAGCAGCAAAUGAUAUAAGAGUUGGAAUAGUACUCUUUGGUACACACGUAUUUCCUCAGUUCUGGUUAAAGAGCGAUCAGAGCGUGAGUCAAGCGGUCAGGGCUGUAGAGGACAUGAGAUACAAUCGAGGCUGGACCAACACCCAUCUCGCUUUGCAAUACGCCCACCAACAAAUGUUCAUAGAGGCUCCAAGGAGGGGCGUGGCCAAGCUUGUAGUUGUUCUCACUGAUGGCAAGUUCACAAAAUCGCAAGAAACGAUGUCAGCCGCCAGGACUUUAAAGAACUAUGGCGUGGAUGUCUUUGCCAUCGGUGUUGGUGGCGACGUUGACGUAAGUGAGCUAGAAGAGAUGGCAUCGUAUCCCAGUGAGCAAUACGUCUUCCGCGUGUCGGAUUUCCGUGCCUUACAAAAUAUCAAACAAAAAUUCCAGUCGGCUACUUGUGCAGCGAUGAUGAGCACCAAAAGACCUAAUUUGACAACUAAAUUAACUAGAACAACUAGAACAACCACCACUACAACUACGCCAACAACAACUAAAGACAUCUUCGGCGGAGGUGUUCCUCCUAGCUGUGAUGCUAGAGCCAUAAGGGCUAAACAGACUUGCAGAGUCCCAGCCGAUAUCAUCUUUCUUUUGGACACGUCCAGCUCCAUUGGUUACAGAAACUUCCAUACCCACAUGAAAACAUUCGUCAAAGAUGCUAUCUCGUCCUUACCUGUUGGGCAAGCAGCAAAUGAUAUAAGAGUUGGAAUAGCACUCUUUGGUACACAAGUAUUUCCUCAGUUCUGGUUAAAGAGCGAUCAGAGCGUGAGUCAAGCGGUCAGGGCUGUAGAGGACAUGAGAUACAAUCGAGGCUGGACCAACACCCAUCUCGCUUUGCAAUACGCCCACCAACAAAUGUUCAUAGAGGCUCCAAGGAGGGGCGUGGCCAAGCUUGUAGUUGUUCUCACUGAUGGCAAGUUCACAAAAUCGCAAGAAACGAUGUCAGCCGCCAGGACUUUAAAGAACUAUGGCGUGGAUGUCUUUGCCAUCGGUGUUGGUGGCGACGUUGACGUAAGUGAGCUAGAAGAGAUGGCAUCGUAUCCCAGUGAGCAUUACGUCUUCCGCGUGUCGGAUUUCCGUGCCUUACAAAAUAUCAAACAAAAAUUCCAGUCGGCUACUUGUGCAGCUAUGAUGAGCACCAGAAGACCGAUGCUGACAACCAGGUCAACUAGAAAAACUACAGCCACCACUAAACAGGCAGCAAACACAACACAAAAAACAAGGACACCAACAACAAAGAGACCGACAACAAGGACACGAACACCAACAACAACGACACCAACAACGACACCAACAACGACACCAACAACGACACCAACAACGACACCAAAAACGACACCAACAACGACACCAACAACUACACCAACAACAACGACACCAACAACGACACCAACAACAACGACACCAACAACGACACCAACAACAACGACACCAACAACGACACCAACAACGACACCAACAACAACGACACCAACAACGACACCAACAACGACACCAACAACGACACCAACAACGACACCAACAACAACGACACCAACAACGACACCAACAACGACACCAACAACGACACCAACAACAACGACACCAACAACGACACCAACAUCACCAACAACAACGACACCAACAACGACACCAACAACGACACCAAAAACUACACCAACAACGACGCCAACAACGAAACCAACAACGACACCAACAACAACACCAACAACGACACCAACAACGACACCAAUACCAACAACACCAACAACAACGACACCAACAACAACUGAAGACAUCUUUGGUGGAGGUGUUAGUCCCGUCUAAGUCACUCUUCCUUCAACUAAAUAAGGCUAGUUCUCUCUUCUAGUCCAAUCUUUAUUAGAACCUUUGCCUAUCCGGUGAAACACAUGCCUCUUUACCUCUAUUUUGUACCGCUCUUUUCUCUACCUGAAGUUUAAUCCUCUAAUGUGGAGCUUGUCAAUGUAUUGUGCACGCAUCAACCAAAAUUCAUCAGUACAUUAUUUACCUACAGCUUACCACGUAUAACUAUGAAUAAAACCCUUCAUAUUAACUACAAUACCUCUGUCUUCCACACAGACAUCCCGACUUACAUUUAACAGUGACACAAAAAAAUGGAUAACCACAUGAGAGGAAAUCAAUCGAUUGUUACACAUUCGUGUUGGAUAUUGUGCACUAUUUGUAAAUAAUUUGUAACAAUGUGUUGCUUAUAUUUUAUUAAACGUUUAUUUAAAUUUAA